GCCUCUCGCGGCUGUGAGGGGGGGGGGGCAGGAUGAGUGUCCGACUCCCCCCUCCGGGCCUCUCGCGGCUGUGAGGGGGGGGGGGGCAGGAUGAGUGUCCGACUCCCCCCCCGGGCCUCUCGCGGCUGUGAGGGGGGGGCAGGGAUGAUCAUCCCGGUCCGGUGCUUCACCUGCGGGAAGGUGGUGGGCAACAAGUGGGAGGCGUAUCUGGGGCUGCUGCAGGCGGAGUACACAGAGGGGGACGCCCUGGACGCCCUGGGGCUGAAGCGAUACUGCUGUCGCCGGAUGCUCCUGUCCCACGUGGAUCUGAUCGAGAAGCUGCUGAAUUACGCCCCCCUGGAGAAAUAGCACCCGCCGCGGGGGGGGGGGCCGCACGAUGGGCCCCCCCGGGCCGGGCCCCGAGUCCUCGCUGCCCGAUCUAAUCUGAUGCUUCAGCGUGGGGGAAGCGCUGCCUCCCUGCAAUAAACCCCCCGCCAGAGGUG